UCCUAUUUCGGAGCAAUUCGAUACCCCGGGGCCCCAGGAUUUACUAUAUCUAGAGAUCUCUGACUUGGACGAUCUAAUGGUGUGACUCCUCCGGCGUCAACAACUCGACGAAUCAUCCGACUUAAACUCAGGAAGCUAUGUAACACGACAUCUACACAGCCUCAAUUGUUUGCUUUAGUGGAGUUUCGAAGUUUCGGGUGUCGUUCUAAGGGAAAUGUUAUUUGUGGAGGUGGGCUGUCCGGUCGAGCACGUCAGGCUGGUCGAAGAUUUCACAAUCCCCCGCAGUAUUGUCACCACCGCCAAUAUCGCGAAUCGGCGACGCGCCUCGCCAGUCACCAUCUCGCGAUACCAUCUGCAUGCAAGAAGCUUAUCAGAUCAAAGACGUGAUCUAGCCCCAAAUCCGCUGUAAGGGCGGCUGUCGCUCACAAAGAUGCCGCCCAGACUUAUGACGUUAGAAUGGUCCCUCUCACGCCAUCUACUAACUGUCCGGACUCGGCAUAUUGAUGCAAAUUGUAUAGUAAAUUAGAUUACCUAUAUAUAAUCUGGCAUUGGACCAUGUGAUGUGAAUGAAAUAUCUCGUCUCUGAUUGAAUCACUAAACUCCUGAAUAUUGAUACCCCACUACUCACUCACAUUGUACCUUCAAAAUGUCGCCGUCAGCUACCGAGACAGUAGCUCCGGUUGCCGAGCAUAUUAAGCAAAAGGUCCUCCCCGAGACCACGAAGGAGGCCCCGAAGGCCGACAAUGGCCUUGCGGUCGGUAGCACGGACUUAGAGGACCAAUUGCCUAAGCUCGAGACCGCCCACAAGGAGCCCCUGAAGCUAAGCGGCGCUCUGGACCAAUUCAAGCAAUUCGAUGUCACACCUGUAAUUGGAAAAGAAUUCGUAGAUGUAGAUUUAGCUGAAUGGCUACGAGCGCCAAACUCAGACGAGCUCCUCCGCGACUUGGCUAUCACAGUAUCACAACGAGGCGUAGUCUUCUUCCGCAAGCAAGACAAAAUCGACAAUGAGCUACAAAAAGAAUUAGUUCAGAGACUUGGCCAGCUAUCCGGCAAGCCCUCUACGUCCGGACUUCAUAUUCACCCUGUCAUCAACUCCGGGCGCGAUCUUGGUGGUAAGGAUGAUGAGAUUAGCACCAUCUCGUCAGAGCAGGCCAAGAAACUCUACUCAAAGAGCGCCGUCUGGGCUGAGAAGAAGCAGUCGCAAAGGAACCAAUGGCACUCGGACAUCACCUUUGAGCCCAUUCCUAGCGACUACGCACUUCUGCGUCUCACACAGCUACCUAAGACCGGUGGAGACACCCUCUGGGCUUCAGGCUACGAGCUUUACGACCGCAUCUCUAAGCCUCUGCGCGGUUUCCUAGACACACUAACAGCGUACUACGCGCAACCAGCCUUCAACGAAACAGCCGAGCGCAACAACUUCAAGAUCUUUUCCGCGCCUCGCGGGGCUCCCGAAAACAUCGGCGAAGUCCUCGAAGCGGUGCACCCAGUCGUCCGCACGAACCCGGUCACCGGGUGGAAGAGCGUAUUCGCAGUCGGCCACCACGUAAAGAGCAUCCAUGGGUUGUCCGAGCCUGAGUCGCAGCACUUCCUAAACUGGUUCACGCAACUCAUCGUCGAGAACCAUGACUUGCAAGUACGUCUUCGAUGGCAAGAUGUUAAUGAUUUGGCAAUUUGGGAUAACCGUAGUGUCUACCAUGCCGCGACUCCAGAUUAUAUUGAUGAUCCUGAGCUCGGAGAACGCUCGGGCUCGCGCGCUGUGAGUCUGGGUGAGAGGCCGUAUUUCGACCCCCAGAGCAAGAGCCGAAGGGAAGCAUUGGCUGCUGAGAAGGUGGCUAAGGCGGCGUGA